UUGUAAACAAACACGCAAUACACAAAAACAUACAUAUGUAUGUUGUUGUGUACGUUGUUGGGUAAAACCAUUUAAAAGUGAAUUUCAAAUGUAUGCACGAAAUGUUGGACAAUUGUACGAAAGGCGUGAAAUCAUCACACGUACCUUAUCAAGUUUAAUUCAAGCCAUUGAAAAGAACGACUCUGAAACAGUUCGAGACAUUUUAUGCACCAUCAAAGGAGAACAGAGUAGCAUCCUUCUCGCCUAUGGAACAGCUAUUCAGAACGGUAAUCUAGAUAUAGUACGACAUUUCAUCGACCUAGGACAUGUCCGAGUAGAUGAUACGAACCUGAUGUUCGGAGAGACGGUCCUCAUGCAAUCCGUCAGAUAUGGACAUUUGUCUGUCGUCAAAUAUCUUCUCCAGAACGAGGCAAAUGUCAAUCUCAAAAGUAGUCAAAAUGGAGUCACAGCUCUCCAUGUCUGUGUCAGUGGACCGGAAAGUCCACCAAAUAACAUAGACAUUCUUAAAAGUCUUCUAACAAAUAAUAAGAUAGACAUAGAAGCAAGAGACAAUGACGGUAAUACCCCGCUUAUGAAAGCUUCCGGCCAAAUUAAGUAUGAAGAAAUGAAACGUUUACUAGAGGCUGGGUGUGAUAUGUUUACCAUGAAUCAGAGACGGGGACAUAUAGCGCCUCACUUCUGUUUGUUGACACACUAUCACCCAAACUAUUCGCGCGAAGCUGGAAGGUGCUUUCGUCUGUUUUUAGAGUGUAGAAUAAACCCUGACUUCCGUGAUCAACGAGGUUUUCCUUCGAUUGGCUAUGUUAUAGAUACUGGCAAUUACGAGAUUUUACAUCAGCUUCUAUACGUGAACUGUGAUAUAAAUAUCUUAUAUCGGGAUCUACCGGACCAAAUGAUACAGUUUCCCCCACUUAUACACGCUUAUCAAAAAAUGCAGACGUUUAUACAAAUUUUAGUUGCAUCUGGAUGUGAAAUUUACAAAUGGCAUGAAAUAUUAAAGUAUGACCUUCCUGGCACUGAUAAAGAUCUGAAUUGUACGAGAAAAUAUCUUAAACCGCGCAAGUUAAAAGAAUUAUGCCGUAUUAGUAUACGCAAAAAACUUGGGUAUUAUCCCCAUACCAUCAUAGAUCAACUCGGUUUGCCAAAAGUUCUAUGUGAUUAUAUUUUAUUAAAGGACGUCUUUGAUGUUGAUCUAUCCUGACAAUUAAGUCCAUCGAAACAGAGUUUAUUAUCCUUGGUAGUGUGGCAGUAUAAAUCCGUGAGAA